AUGAAUUAUAAUCCGCAAAUUUCUUCCAAUUUACAACUCAUUCGAUUUUCCAGGCUCUCUGAUAAUUGUUCCCAAUUUUUAUUUCUCCUACCUUCGAGUAUUUUACGUGGAUUUAUAAAUGAAAUUGACUCUUCUACUUUCGAAUAUGCUAACCAUGUCUGGCGUCUGAAAGCUGUCCGAUCAAAAGUUCACAUCGGCGUGUAUCUGGAACUUGUUACACCAAACACGGCAAUUGAAAAGCGCUCACUUGGAAAAUUUUCAAUUUGGUUGGAUUUAUCCUUCACUGCUAUUAACUUGGAGCACUUCUCUGAUAAUCAAAAUUUCACAAAACACAAAGUUCACUUUAAUCGCCACAACACUCUAUGGGGUAGCGGCUGUCUAAUAGAAGCAUCAACGGUUAAAGAAAAAAAAUUUGUGCGAGAAGAUGACCAACUGUUAAUUGAGUUGGAAUUAUCAAAUGUCAUGACUAACUUAACUUUCCCUUUAACUUCUCGCAGUGAGGACCAUUUUGAAUCGACAGAUUUUCAAUUUGGUGGGGAAACAUGGAAAAUUUCCUUGACAAUUGAUUGGGAGGAGCAAACAAUACUAAGAAUUUUAAAUCAAUCCCAACGACAGAACCUUGUCUUCUUGAUGUCUUUUGAGUUAUCUAUCAACUCAGAGCAGAAAAUAAGCUCCCGUAUUGAGUUACUGAUUCAUCAUCGUGAUGCACAAAUUCAGAUCUCCGAAGAUGCUAAUCUAGACAUUCUCGUCAGUAUGAUAAAUGAACCAAAGCAGAAGAAGCUCUCCGUCUACCUGCGAGAUGUGAAGCUAUAUAAGUUCAGUAAUAUGGGUUUACCCCCAGGACUUUCGAAGAAUCAUCACUUCUUGAAGUAUACUGAAGAUGUUCAAGGUUAUUUGUGGAAUGUUGCAUUUUCUGUGUCAAGCGGCAAUUUGUACGCAAAAUUGCUACCUGGGGAAAUGAAGAGUGUUGAACUGGAACCGAAUGCAACUCGAGUAGUUGGGUGGAGUUGGCGACUUCUAAACAAUCCAAAUGAAGAUAUCAUGCGGACAUUGAAUCAUAUCUUCGUUUGCCAACAAAGUUUUCUUUCACUAUAUGGAAUCAGAUCCAGGAUGAUUGCUCAAGCCGGCACAGUGAGCAAGAAACACACCGUUGCCGAAAUUUAUCUACCGAAACGCCCGGAUCUAAAGGAGGAGGAAUACUUGAAUUUCAUUUCUCCACCAAGAUGGGCUCUAAAGGUGAGUGUAAAUGAAGCUAAUUUGAUAUAA